CGCACCUCUCCCUCCACCCCCUCUUGGCCGCCAGCUUCCCCCGCCCUGGGAGGAGCUGGGGGUGGGGGCACCGCUGCGCGGGCGGAUCCUGAGCGCGCCACAGGGUCCAGCCCGAGCCUGGGGGCAGCUGGCCUGGAUCUCAGAGCUGGGGUGUGUGCCAUGGCCCCACACUGGGCUGUCUGGCUGCUGGCAGCAGGGCUCUGGGGCCUGGGCAUUGGGGCCGAGGUGUGGUGGAACCUUGUACCCCGGAAGACAGUCUCUUCUGGAGAGCUGGCCACAGUGGUGCGACGCUUCUCCCAGACGGGCAUCCAGGACUUCCUGACGCUGACCCUGACGGAGCGCACCGGCCUGCUAUACGUGGGGGCCCGCGAGGCCCUGUUUGCCUUCAGCAUGGAGGCUCUGGAGCUGCAAGGAGUGAUCUCCUGGGAGGCCCCGACUGAGAAGAAGACCGAGUGUAUCCAGAAAGGGAAGAGUAACCAGACGGAGUGCUUCAACUUCAUCCGCUUCCUGCAGCCCUAUAACGCCUCCCACUUGUACGUCUGUGGCACCUAUGCCUUCCAGCCCAAGUGCACCUACAUCGACAUGCUCACUUUCACCUUGGAGCGUGGAGAAUUGGAGGACGGGAAGGGGAAGUGUCCCUAUGACCCAGCUAAGGGCCACACUGGCCUCCUUGUGGACGGUGAGCUGUACUCGGCCACGCUCAACAACUUCCUGGGCACGGAGCCCGUCAUUCUGCGCAACAUGGGGCCCCACCACGCCAUGAAGACAGAGUACCUGGCCUUCUGGCUCAAUGAACCUCAUUUCGUGGGCUCUGCCUACGUACCUGAGAGUGUGGGGAGCUUCACGGGCGACGACGACAAGAUCUACUUCUUCUUCAGCGAGCGGGCGGUGGAGUAUGACUGCUAUGCCGAGCAGGUGGUGGCUCGAGUGGCCCGUAUCUGCAAGGGUGACGUGGGGGGCGCACGGACCCUGCAGAGGAAGUGGACCACGUUCCUGAAGGCACGGCUGGUGUGCUCUGCCCCCGACUGGCAGCUCUACUUCAACCAGCUGCAGGCAGUGCACACCCUGCAGGGCACCUCCUGGCAUAACACCACCUUCUUUGGGGUUUUUCGGGCACGAUGGGGCGACGUGGACCUGUCAGCCAUCUGCGAGUACCAUCUGGAAGAGAUCCAACAGGUGUUCGAGGGUCCCUACAAAGAGUACCACGAGCAAGCCCAGAAGUGGGGCCGCUACACUGACCCCAUACCCACCCCUCGGCCCGGCUCGUGCAUCAACAACUGGCACCGACGCCACGGCUACACCAGCUCUCUGGAGCUGCCUGACAACACCCUCAACUUCAUUAAGAAGCACCCACUGAUGGAGGAGCAGGUGGGGCCUCAGUGGGGCCGCCCCCUGCUAGUGAAGAAGGACACUAACUUCACCCACCUGGUGGCUGACCGGGUCAGAGGACUGGACGGAGCCACCUAUACGGUCCUGUUCAUUGGCACGGGAGAUGGCUGGCUGCUCAAAGCCGUGAGCCUGGGGCCCUGGGUCCACCUGAUUGAGGAGCUGCAGGUGUUUGACCAGGAGCCCGUGGAAAGCCUGGUGCUGUCUCAGAGCAAGAAGCUGAUCUUCGCUGGCUCCCGCUCUCAGCUGGUUCAGCUGCCCCUGGCAGACUGCGUGAAGUACCGGUCCUGUGUGGACUGCGUGCUCGCCCGGGACCCCUACUGCGCCUGGAACGUCAGCACCAGCCGCUGUGUGGCUGUGGGUGGCCACUCGGGAUCCCUGCUGAUCCAGCAUGUGACGGUCUCGGACUCCUUGGGCAUUUGCAACUUCCCUGGCAAUAAGAAAGUCAGGCUCACUCCCAAAAACAUCACGGUGGUGGUGGGCACAGACCUGGUGCUGCCCUGCCGCCUCUCCUCCAACCUGGCCCGGGCUCGCUGGACCUUCGGGGGCCGGGACCUACCUGUGGAACAGCCUGGCUCCUUCCUCUAUGACGCACGGCUACAGGCCCUGGUCCUGAUGGCUGCCCAGCCACGCCAUGCCGGCGCCUCCCCCUGCUUUUCGGAGUUGGCUGCUGAAGUCUACCUUGUGGCCGUGGGGUCGGGCCCGUCGGUGAUGCUGGAGGCCCGGGCGCCCUUGGAAAACCUGGGGCUGGUGUGGCUGGCUGUGGUGGCCCUGGGGGCCGUGUGCCUGGUGCUGCUGCUGCUCGUCUUGUCCCUACGCCGGCGGCUGCGGGAAGAGCUGGAAAAAGGAGCCAAGGCGGCCGAGAGGACCCUGGUGUACCCUCUGGAGCUGCCCAAGGAGCCCACCAGUCCCCCUUUCCGGCCUGGCCCCGAAACAGAUGAGAAACUUUGGGAUCCUGUUGGCUACUACUACUCAGAUGGCUCCCUCAAGAUUGUGCCUGGACACGCCCGGUGUCAGCCCGGGGGUGGGCCCCCUUCUCCACCCCCGGGCAUCCCGGGGCAGCCCCUGCCCUCUCCGACUCGGCUUCACCUGGGGGGUGGGAGGAACUCAAAUGCCAACGGUUAUGUUCGCUUGCAGCUCGGAGGUGAGGACCGGGGAGGGCUUGGGCAUGGGCACCCCCUGCCUGAGCUCGCCGACGAACUGAGGCGCAAACUGCAGCAGCGCCAGCCCCUGCCGGACUCCAACCCCGAGGAGUCGUCGGUAUGAGGGACCCGAGACGUCGGCCGAGAGCGUGGGAGGUGGAGCUUCUACUUUGCACAGGCACCAGCUACCUCAGGGACAUGGCCCGAGCACUGCUGGCCGGGGACAGAUGCCACUGGCCCUGCUCGGCCAUGGGGACCUGCUCUGCUCAGCAUGGGCACUGCCACUCGUCGUGGCUCACCAGGGCACAGCCUCACAGAAGGCAUCUUCCUCCUGUCUUUGAAUCACAGACACACGGGACCCCAGCAGCCAAAACUCUUCAAGGCAGAAGUUGUGAGAUUGUGAGUGAGUGAGUGUGUGUGUGUGUGUGUGCGUGCGUGUGCAUGUGUGUGCACAUGUGUAGUGAUGCUGCCUUGUUUCUGUCGAGUCUUCCCCUGGCCUGGGGUCGUCCUGGUGAGUCAUUGGAGCUAUGAAGGGGAAGGGGUCGGAUCACGUUGCCUCUCCUACCCCCACCUGUCCCCAGUGUGGGGCAGCCAUGUACAUAUGGGGGUGGGGUGGGCAGGGUGCUGUACCCCUGUGUGGGGAGAACGCAGGGCUCGGGGUGGGCCUAGUCCUGCACCUAGGGCUGUGAAUGUUUCGGGGGGGGAGGGAGAUGGAGCCUCCUGUGUGUUUGGGGGGAAGGGUGGGCAGGGCCUCCCACUUGGCCCAGAUAUCUGGGGGUGUUUUCUACUUGUCUUCUUCCAGGCCAGGGCUGGGAAAGGCUGUGUGGGGGGACGGGAGGAGGGUGGGCGUGCUGUGGCGACUGGCAUAUCCUCUCCCAGCUCUAGGAGGAGGGUUCCUAACAGUGUAACUUAUUGUGUCCCCGCGUAUUUAUUUGUUGUAAAUAUUUGAGUAUUUUUAUAUUUACAAAUAAAA